ACACACACACCCCCCAAAAAGCUGCAGGCGCGGUGGCUCCUGCCUGUAAUCCCAGCCCUUUGGGAGGCCUAAGGAGCAAAUCACCUGAGGUUGGGAGUUCAAGACGAGCUGACCACCAUGAAACCCUUCUCUACUAAAAAUAUAAAAAGUUAGCCGGGCGUGGUGGUGCAUGCGCCUGUAAUCCCAGCUACUUGGGAGGUUGAGGCAGGAGAAUCACUUGAACCUGGGAGGUGGAGGUUUCCAUGAGCCGAGAUCGAGCCAUUGUACUACAGCCUAGGUGACAAGAGCAAGACUCUUGUCUCAAAAAAACAAAAACAAAACAAAACUAGAAGGGCAUGCAUGUCUGUAUUACCAGUACUUCGGGAAGCCGAAGUGGGAGGAUUGUUUGAACUCAGGGGUUCGAGGCUGGGGCAAGCAAUGAUGGCGCCCCUGCACUCCAGCCUGGGGGGCAGGGCAAGACUUGGUCUCAAAAGAAAAAAAAUGCCAGACGGAGUGGCUCACACAUACAAUCCCAGCACUUUGGGAGACCAAGGCUGGGGAAUCGUUGGAACCCAGGAGUUUCAGACCAGUCCCGGCAACAGUCUCUACAAAAAAAAAAAAAGAGAGAGAGAGAGAGCGAGAAAGAGAAGAAAGAAAAAGGAAGGAAGGAAAGAAAAAGAAAGAAGAAAUAUAAAGCUUAGCUGGGCUUGGUGGUGUGCGCUUGUGGUCCCAGCUACUUAUGAGGCUGAGGCGGGAGGAUCACAUGAGCCCACGAAGUCGAAGCUGCAGUGAGUUCCGAUUGUGCCACUGUACUCCAGCCUGGGCAACAGAGCGAGACUCUACCACAGAGCUAAUGGCGCUUCAUAAUUGUGAGCCCAAGGAAGCUGCUGGGGUCGCGGGGCGGGAAACCGCCAGCGGGCUGGAGUCCAGGCAGCCUUCUCUGGCACACAGUGAAGAAGGCGCCGGAACUACAGCCAACGCCGCGGCGCCAUUUCGGCCGCCAUAGCUGGGCGCACGGAAGCUCACAGAAGACAAACUCCCAUGCGCGUUUUCGAUUUCUGUGCUUUCCUCGAGCGAGGCAAGACUAGCAGAGACCCAACGUAGAGCGCGGCUAGGGUUCGACCCGUCUCUCCCUGCCGGGAGCAGCUUCAUGCGGACCGAGCCGCUGCGCGGGGCGUCCCCUCUGCUGGUGCCCGGCGACCCCUACUCCGUGGUGGUUCUGCUGCAGGGCUACGCGGAGCCUGAGGGAGUGGACGACGCCGUGCGCGCCAACGGCUCCGUGACCCUUGUCCUGCCCCAGACCUGGGGUCCGGCAUCCAGCCACGGAGAGUCCCCGCGCGGGGUGGGCGGCGCGGAGGCCGCCCUGGAGGAGGCGGCCCGUGGCCCCAUCCUGGUGGACACCGGGGGCCCCUGGGCUCGGGAGGCGCUACUGGGGGCGCUGGCGGGGCAGGGCGUGGCCCCUGGAGACGUGACGCUGGUGGUGGGGACCCACGGGCACUCGGAUCACAUCGGGAAUUUGGGGCUGUUCCCAGGCGCUGCUCUGCUGGUCUCGCACGACUUCUGUCUCCCCGGAGGCCGCUACCUGCCCCAUGGGCUGGGUGAGGGGCGGCCCUUGAGCCUGGGCCCGGGGCUCGAGGUGUGGGCCACGCCGGGCCACGGGGGCCAGCGCGAUGUGAGCGUUGUGGUGGCUGGCACGGCUCUGGGCACCGUAGUGGUGGCGGGCGAUGUGUUUGAGCGAGAUGGGGACGAGGAUUCGUGGCAGGCGCUGAGUGAAGACCCCGCAGCCCAGGAGCGGACCCGGAAGAGGGUCCUGGUCGCUGCCGACGUGGUCGUACCUGGUCACGGGCCCCCCUUUCGAGUGCUCAGGGAAGGCUCGCAGCCCGAGACUGAGGGUGAAGGGAACAGCCAGCAGGAGCCAGUGGUCGGAGACGAGGAGCCCUCUCUGCACUGAUCAGCCCCGAGAGAGACUGGUUUCUUGACAGGGAAGCCCUUCAGCGAGGAGCUGCUGAAGACAGAGCACGCAUCGGCCAGUCAGAGCAGUCAAGGGUGGAAGCUUUCAGCCCUUCCAAGAGGCCAGGUUUCUAGUGAGGACAGAGUGCACUUGACACUGCCAUCACGGCGUCAGAGACGUUGCCUGUCUCUGCAACCAAACUAAGAUCAAAGGACGGGCUCAGCUCCUGUGCAUCCUCCCUGGGCCUCAGUAAAAUGGGAAAGGGUUCGUCCGAGGGGCCCAAAAUAAAAAUGGAAACUGCAUUGAAAA